UUGAAGGCAGCACCAGCCUUCUCAUUGUAUUCACUGGGAGAAACGACUGGUGUAUUUUCUGUGUUGAUGUAAUUCACCGUAGAUUAAACUUCAAUACUACUGUGCGGUGCUGUAAUAGAAUGGCGGCAUUCUGCAGGCAGUAGCGCUAAAAUCUGCGGAAGAGCAGAUUUCUAGCUGCUCCACAACAUCCAGAAGACACCAAAUGCUACCGAGCUACACAGUUAGCAUCUUAGCUUAGACAUCACUGAGUCCUGCCCACGGAGUGCUCAGUUUGUGCUGCCACAGUGACUGACAAAAUGACCUCAGCUUCCACUAAAGUUGGGGAGAUCUUCUCUGCUGCUGGAGCUGCUUUCACCAAACUAGGAGAACUCACCAUGCAGCUUCACCCAGUAGCAGAUUCCAUUCCUGCAGGCUCCCAUCUUCCCUCCAGCUGUCAGACAAAGAGCACAGUGAAGAGGAAACUGUAUGAAGAUGGACCUCUUCCAGCCUCCUCUGACGGCCCCAAGAAGGUCGUCAAAAAAGCCACGGCUGCCGUUGCCAGGACAACACAGGGGACUCCAGGUGCCGUCACAGCUCAGGCUGUGGCGUCAGGACUGCAGGGGCCCCCGUCUGGCCAGCUCCCUAUAAAGAAACAGAAAACUGCAGAUGUGACCCUCAGCGCUCUGAAUGACUCAGAUGUCAACAGUGAUCUAGUGGACAUCGAGGGACUGGAUGAAGGAUCCAACUCCAAAAAGCUCAACAACUUUGAUCAAGAUACGUUGAACCUGGACUCCAGCCUCAUCAUGAAUCCGAGUGACCUUCCUCUACUCUCUCGCUGACCUUUCAGUUCCUGCAGAUUUCAUAGAAAUGAUGGACAAACUAUGAAACUAAGAUGUGAAAAACUGGAAAUAUCUUGUGAGUCAGAUGAUGCUGACCACCCUUAUUAGAGGCACUGAAGAUGCUGUGGGAUCAUGCAGAACUCCACUAGCGCUUGUUAGCCCUAAUGUGUUUGUUAUUUUUUAAGGCAAGACAUUUUUUAGGAUGUUUUGUCCCGUCCUCAUUGACUUUUGCUUCGUACGGGCAUCCAGAAAAAUUUACAAGACAGACUUUAUGCAGAGACAAAGUUAGUACUAAGAUUUAUACUUGGUGUAUCUUUCAAAAGAGGCCAUCGACAAGAUGAAACAGUUUGCAAAGAGACUUGAAAGCGAAUUGACAGAAGAUAUCUGUCUUAACAAUGUAAACAAGACUAUUUUAUUCAGUUCUUGUUCAGUUUAGACUUAGCAGAUGUUAACACAAGAAGUUUGAACAGUUGUUAGUGUGUUAAGUACAGUAGACAUUUUGAAGAAAUGCAUGAUUGCUUCCUGUUCAUUUUCAGUAUGAAGUGUCUACAUUCCUUCCUUCCUUCCAGCAACAGGGUUACAAGAAGAGACGACCGAUUAAAUUGCACAUUUUCCUCAAAAACUAAAUAUAUCAGUGAUUGCUUGUUGUUUUUAAGGCAUGUGUCAUGAGAAAACUACACAAUUGUCUCACUUUAUUGAGAUAAACCAUGUUUAGAUAAAGUAGCAGAAACAUUUGAGUCGACAGAAAGGCAGUAAAUAAAAAAACUACUUAAUGAUCACUUACUAAGAGAGUACUUCACAAAGUUCUCAGCCUCACACCAAAACAAGGGGCACAACUUCAAUUUUGGGGCAUAACUUUAAAUUAUUAUAUCACUUUGAAACAAAAAAUCGAAAGGGAGAGGAAAGCUCCAAGCCGGUGUGCUGUGGCUCCAGGACAGUGUGCAUCCAAACAGCAUGGUGGCAGAAGCAGCUAAAUAUCGCUUUGAAAUGUUGCCCCAUGCACCACACUUAACCAAGCUGACUCCAUUUACUGGUGAUGAUGAAGUCAUCCAUGCUGUUCACAAGUAUCAGGAACCUUAAGAUGUAACUUUCUUCUGCGAUGGGAUGGUAAAGUUUGAACAUUGGUGGACUCCGUGCGUAGAAGUUAAAGGAGACUAUAUUGAAGCUACUAACUGAAUGGGUUUUUAAAAUUUAAGGCUUAGUUUUUUAUUAUUAGUGUGGGAAUUAGAGGAAAGAGCUGUCUAAACACCUCUUAACAUUGUUUAUUUGUUCCUUUUUGGACAUAAACGUAAAAGGUUGUGUGGUUUCAAUAGGAAAUUGGAACUAUUGGAACUACCUGUUGCAGAAAUACAUUGUUACAUUGUCUUGAAAGUUGUUUUUGCUGUGCUGAUAUGUGACGGUGAGUCAUUAAAAAUAGUCUACUCA